CCAGGUGUAGUUCACUUCUAUAGGUAACCUAUCAUAAGUUUUACUGACCAGAUUGUGAGUCUCCUGUUCCUGUUCCUCACAGUCCUAGGAAUUAGACCACACUGCAUUACUUUGAUCUGGAUGUAAAAUUCUCUCUUCUAGAUGGAUAGCAGUCCCAGCUCUGUUGGAUGUGCAAGUCAUCUGACUUCUUGAACCUUCUGGCCCUGCUUCAUAAGAAGGAAAACAAUUUAGGAGAUUUUACUGAGCAUCUGGCCUGGUUUAAAGGUCUAAAACCAUCUGCUUUGGAUGGUUUCAAAGCAGCAGGAUCAGUUAAGGAUCCUGAGCUGAACAGAUUUCCUAGUAUUCUCCCAUGGGCUUUGUAACAAGGCUUUGCCGGCCAUGAUCAUGUUGUUUGUAGUUAUACUAGAUCACUAGGCAGUAAAAGCCAACUGUCCAUCCAGAUAUAAGCUGCCAUUUGUACAAAGAUCAUGAACAACAGUUCCCCAGUCCAGAUCUUUCAUGAGGAAACUGUCCACAAAAGCAUUUCUAAGAGGACGUGUGUUGCAUCAGUUGGUACCUGCAAGUCAGAUGGUGAAGACUGUGUAAUCUCUAAUCCCUUAAUCCUCUGUCUGCAUCCACAAUUUUGUGAUUAAGGCAGGAAAACCAAAAGCCUAGGGUUUUUUUUUUUUUUCUAAGAAGCAUUUCAGGAGAAGAUCUGGGUCAAGUGCUUCUGCAGUGCUUUUAGGAAAAUCAAUACUGGCUGCUGUAGCUUUAGUCCAAAUCAGAGCAAUCUAAACAUCUCUUUAAUACAAUAGUAAUUGAUUGUGUUUUCAGUGAAACGGAGAAUGUCUUGGCUGGAUGAUGUGCCCAUCAAAAUCCCUCUGGGCUCCCUUGGAGAGGCCAAAGAGGAGGUGGAACUUGUCACAGCUCCAGAAAUCAUUGUGCCAGACUAUCUAAAGAUCCUCCAGGAAACAGAGUAUGUCUUCAGUCUGGAGAACUGGGUUCUGACGGGUGUGCAGGGUGGCUACAGUGUGCCGAAUGCACUCCACCCCAACACACCCUCUAAGGCAGCGACUUGCCCUCCAUACUGGAUGCUGUUCAGCAGUCCUCAGCAGAGCAGGCUGGCUAGCCGCUGGAGCAGUGACUUCUGGGAGCCCAAUCCUCGGCGACGCAGCCGGAGUCUUAAUGCGGCUCAAUUCCGUGCUAUGAAUGACAGAGUCAAGUUCAACAUUUCCAAUUCGGAUGACAAUGACUCUUCUGAUAACGAGGAGGCUUCUUUCACAAGACCAAAAUGUAACAAUUCAGGGUUAAGAAGACAUGAGCUAGAGAUGAAAGACUUACAUUCCCACUGCUCUUCACAUCCCCUCAACCUACCUUCAUGUUGUGGCCUCUCCUCACAGCAGCGCUCCAGCAUCCUACAGUGCUCUCUCCCAAAUCCAGAAGCACAAGGAACGAACUUAUGGAAAAUCCAGAACCAUGGAGACACAUUUCAUGAGCUUUCUGCAAGCCAGCAACUUUUGACCCUUGGGCAUACAACACCCCUCACGCAGUCUCCAGGCCUGAUCUCUAGCGUGCCCCCAGCCCCCACACGGCCCCUCGGUUCCCAUGCAACAGUCCAUGACUCCUCUGUGGAACUGCUCUCAGCUCUCAGCCCUGAAGAACAGAGGCUCUUGGAGGCCGUGACAGAGCAUGGGUACCCAUUACGGACAGCCAUCAUUGCCCUGCAGAAAAUGGGCCAUCGGAGCCCAGAGCAGAUCCUGAGUUACCUGGUGGCAUGCGACCAUCUGUGUCAACUUGGCUAUGAUGAAACUCAAGUAGAGGAAGCUCUGGAGAUGUUUCAGAAUUGUGAGACGAAGGCCAAGGAGUUUCUUCACCUCCUCACACAGUUUCAUGAGAUGGGCUUUCAGCAGAAUGCUAUCAAAGAAGUCCUGCUAAUGCAUGGGAACCACCGUGAUCGUGCCCUGGAGGAGCUCAUGACGCAUGUCGCCUGAUCAGCUCAGCCAUACAAUCCAUUUUGUAUAUUGAUGUUGGCGUAUAGUUAAGGCUGUGGCCUUGAUGGAAGCACUGUGCACUGCACAUAUGGAAGAAAAUUCUCUAUGCUCAACAUAUACCAUUAGGAAACUGUUUUUGUUACUUUUUUUUAACACAUUUAUUGAUUUACUAUGUCAAUUGUGUUAUACACAUCAUUUUUUAAAAUCAUGAUGUAGAGGAUGAAUAUACUGUAUAUGU